AUGGAGGUUGAAAACCACACCACUGUAACAAAAUUUAUCAUUUUGGGGUUAACAGAAGAUCCUACCCUUUGUGUCAUCUUUUUUGUAAUAUUUCUAGCAAUCCAUGUUGUCACUUUAGUAAGCAAUAUCAGCAUAAUCACUUUAAUAAGAAGGUGUUCCCAGCUCCAUACCCCCAUGCACCUGUUCCUCACCCAUUUGGCUUUUGUAGACAUUGGGUGUUCCACAUCAGUCACACCCAUAAUGCUUAUAGGAUUCCUUAGAAAUGGAACAGCCCUCCCAUUUGCUGGCUGUGAAGCCCAGCUCUGUUUUGUGGUCAUGUUUGGAACAACUGAGUGCUUCCUGCUGGCUUCCAUGGCCUAUGAUCGCUAUGUGGCCAUCUGUUCACCCCUGCUCUACUCCACCCACAUGUCCCCUGGAGUCUGCAUCAUCUUAGUGGUGGCUUCUUAUCUGGGUGGAUGUGUGAAUGCUUGGACAUUUACCAGUUGUUUAUUGAGUCUGUCCUUCUGUGGGCCAAAUCAGGUCGACCACUUUUUCUGUGAUUUCUCCCCUUUAUUGAAACUUUCCUGCUCAGAUAUAUCCAUUACGGAAGUUGUUCCUUCCAUCUCUUCUGGAUCUAUAAUUGUGGUCACAGUGUUGGUCAUAGCUCUCUCUUAUAUCUACAUCCUCACCACAGUUCUGAAGAUGCACUCCCCUGAAGGGAGACACAAAGCCUUCUCCACCUGCACCUCCCACCUCACUGCAGUCACUCUCUACUAUGGAACUAUUGCCUUCAUUUAUGUGAUGCCCAAGUCCAGCUACUCAACUGAGCAGAACAAGGUGGUGUCUGUGUUCUACACAGUGGUGAUACCCAUGUUGAACCCCCUUAUCUACAGUCUGAGAAACAGAGAUAUAAAGGAGGCUCUGAGGAAGGCAACUCAGAACAUAUUCUUAGUAUCCAUUCUUAGCAUUUUGAAUGACUUAUAA